GACAUUUCCCGGCCCCUGUAGUUGGGUUGGCAGCUCAAUUGUUUUGGCUGUAUAAUCGGUGUCAGAUCCAAAACCGGCUUUAAGUUGUGGCAUCAUGUCUGACAAGAGUGAGCUGAAAGCGGAGCUUGAGAGGAAGAAGCAACGUUUGGCACAGAUCAGAGAGGAGAAGAAAAGGAAGGAGGAGGAGCGCAAGAAGAAAGAGGCUGACCAGUUGAAAGAUGCUGCAAUUCAGCAAGAAGAGUCAGACCUGGAGAAGAAGAGGCGUGAUGCAGAGGCCCUACUACAGAGUAUGGGCAUAACUUCAGAUGUUCCUGUCGUCCCUCCUCCUACAUCCCCAACUGCCAACACGCCAAGUGAGGCAGGGAGCCAGGACUCUGAUGGAGCUGUGGGCCCCAGGACUCUGCACUGGGACUCUGACCCGUCCACCCUUCAACUUCACUCUGAAUCUGAGCUGGGGUACUGGACACUCUCUUCUCUCCUUUCCUGGAGAGCAACUCCAAAAUUGGGGAUGGCCAAAGUCACACAAGUGGACUUCCCUCCACGUGAAACUGUGUCUUACACAAAAGAGACCCAAACACCUGUCAUGACCCAGCAAAAAGAAGAGGAAGAAGAGGAAGAAGAAAUUGUUGCUCCUCAACCAGUAGUCGAGACACCGAUUGAAAAACCGGACCAGAAAGAAGAAGAGGAAGCAGCAAUCCACGAGCUAACAGAGGAGGAAAAACUCCAGAUCCUGCAUUCAGAGGAGUUUGUGAAUUUCUUUGACCACAGCACACGCAUUAUUGAGCGGGCUCUAUCGGAGCAUGUGGACCUCUUCUUUGACUACAGUGGCCGUGACCUGGAGGAGAAGGAGGGUGAAAUCCAGGCUGGAGCCAAGCUCUCUCUUAGCAGGCAGUUCAUGGAUGAGCGCUGGUCCAAGCACCGUACUGUAACCUGUCUCGACUGGUCACCCCAGUAUCCCGAACUUUUGCUCGCCUCAUACAACAACAACGAGGAUGCUCCUCAUGAACCAGAUGGCGUGGCAUUAGUGUGGAACAUGAAGUACAAGAAGGCUACACCGGAGUAUGUCUUUCAUUGUCAGUCUGCGGUUAUGUCGGCUGCGUUUGCCAAGUUCCACCCUAACGUUGUGGUGGGGGGCACAUAUUCAGGGCAGAUUGUACUUUGGGACAACCGAAGCAAUAAGAGGACCCCUGUGCAGAGGACUCCACUGUCUGCAGCCGCACAUACGCACCCAGUUUACUGCGUGAAUGUGGUGGGCACACAGAAUGCCCACAACCUGAUUAGCAUCUCCACUGAUGGAAAGAUGUGUUCCUGGAGUCUGGACAUGCUUUCACAGCCACAGGACAGCAUGGAGCUGGUGUUCAAGCAGUCCAAAGCUGUAGCCGUCACCUCCAUGUCUUUCCCUCUCGGCGAUGUCAAUAAUUUCGCGGUGGGCAGCGAGGACGGCUCUGUCUACAUGUCGUGUCGUCAUGGAAGCAAAGCAGGCAUCAGUGAGAUGUUUGAGGGCCACCACGGCCCAAUCACAGGGAUCCACUGCCACACAGCUGCAGGGCCUCUGGACUUCUCCCACCUGUUUGUCACCUCCUCGUUCGAUUGGACCGUCAAGCUGUGGAGCACAAAGAACAACAAACCCUUGUACUCAUUUGAAGAUAACUCGGACUAUGUUUAUGAUGUCAUGUGGUCACCAACUCACCCUGCUCUGUUUGCUUGCGUGGAUGGCGUCGGACACCUGGACCUGUGGAACCUCAACAAUGACACAGAGGUCCCCACUGCCAGCAGCACAGUGCAGGGUAACCCAGCCCUCAACAGGGUCAGAUGGGCUCCUUCUGGCAGAGAAAUUGCUGUCGGAGACUCUGAUGGACAAGUUCUUGUAUAUGAUGUUGGAGAGCAAAUUGCAGUUCCACGAAAUGACGAGUGGACCCGUUUUGUUCACACACUGGCAGAGAUCAAUGAGAAUAGGGAUGAUGCAGAAGAACUGGCAGCUCAGCGCUUGGCUGCUUGAUCUUAUCGCCAUGGACACAAAAGCUUAAGGGACCAGUGGGUGGUGCGGUAUCAGCCCCGUUUUGAUUGGAGGAAAAUAUGGAGUAAUGAUCAGAAAGCAGUGUGGACGUGUUAAGAUUUCUUGUACCUUAGCUGUACAACUUGUCAGUUCGCUGGACCAGUCUUCCUUGGAGUCACACAAGAGACAGGGCUAUCAGCCUCAGACACUAACAUGACAGAAAGUACAGUUUUCUUAUUUUCAACCAGAUGCCUUAAUUUUUCAUUUUGAUCUCACCUUAGCGGUCUUUAUUUACAGCAUGUUUAACAUUAGCCUCAGUUAUGAGUUUUUAAGCCAAAUUGUGUAGGUGCUCAACUUGACAUGUUCAUCAGACAACAUACAGAUGAUUUCCACUUCCACCAAAGUCCAACUGAAGCCAUCACGUCUUUAAAAAUCCGAGAAUGUAAACAUCUCACAGCUGUAGCCUGUGCUGUCAUCUCUUCCUGUAGACCUCGCUUGUUUGUAUAAACUGAAAUGUCCAAAAUCCAAAUGUAUUUUUACUUCUAUAUUGUUAUAUCAGUACCCAGUGUCCACUUAAUCAGUGCUGCUGGUUAGACCAGAGAUAAUUGCAAAAUCCUCUAUGCUGUCAAUGCUCAGUGAUUUUCUUAUCCGUCAGUUUGUUUCCUGAAGAAUCUCAGAAGCUUGGUGUCCAAAGGGAGAAUGUACUUUUCACACAAUAGAAACACUUUGAAUGAUUUAUUUCAAUAAAAUACAAUAAAUACAUUUAAAUUA